UGUUUUCUUUUUCUGUAUAUAUAUAUAUAUAUAUAUAUAUAUAUAUACAUAUAUCUUUAUAUACAUAUUUACAUAUUGAAUGUAUAGUGCAAAAGAAAAGAAGUUAACGUCAUUAAUCGAAGUUAGGAAUAAAACAGCACGCGAAUUAUCUGCAUCUGAUACUAAAUUAAAAAUGGUGAAACAAAAUUAUGACAAGUUAAAAAAGGAGACAGAAAGUAAAAUACACUCUAGAUUAUUAUUAUUUUACACAAGAAUAAUACUCUUUAUUAUUUAGGAUAUGAAGCUAUUAUACAUAAAGUAUGCGGUAAUAAAAAUUUACCAAAUGAGAUUACAGCCAUAGAAAAAAAAAUUGAAGAAUGGAGAAUGUAAGGAAUCUAUGCAAAAGAAUAUAUGUUUGAAAAUUAAACUCUUCUUUCCUUGUUUUCUUUUUUUUUUUUAAAAAAAAAAAGACGAAUCGCUAAUAUGGAUGGUGCACUUAUGAUUUAUAAGAAAUACUCGGAUAAUCAAAAAAGUGGUAACUGUUGUCCUUUGUGUACAAGAGAUUUUGUAGAUAAUACUGAAGUAGAAACAUUUAAUGCUCAGUUGGAACAAAUGCAAUCUUUUAUUCCAGCCAAACAAAAUGAACUAAAGAAUCAGUUAGCGAUUAUGGAGAAUAAGAAAAAGAAACUAAAGGAUGCUCAGGGUACUUGGAUCAAUUUGGAAACAGUAAGAAAAGAUUUAGCAACUGUCAAAGAAAGUGUAGAUACUUUUGAAGCUGAAAAAGAAGAAGCAACUAAUAAAGCUGAUAUUGCGUCUACUGAGCUUGUGGAAGUGGAUAAUUGCAAGAUUAAGGCUGAUAAACUUUUACUUAUUGCAGGGAACGUAAAUCGCAUUUAUAAUGAAGUUCAAACUUUAAAUCAAGAUAUAGAAAUAAUUGAGAAUGAAUUACAAUUUUCAGGCUCUACACGUACUAUGUUCGAUGUUCAAGGUGAAUUAGAAACUCUUGCAGAAAAAAGUAAAUUUGUCCGACGAGAAAUAAAACGCCUUCAUACAGAUAUUGAUAUUGCUUAUCGACAAAAGCAAUCUAUUGAACGUGCCUUAAAUGACUCAAAAGAAAAGUUACUUACAUUAGAACAUCAAAGAGAUUUUAAGGUGGGUCUUGAGCUUCAGUUAUCUGAAUUGAAAGAACAAAUGCAAGAACACAUAAAUGAAUGUGAAAAAAUUGAUAAAGAUAGCUCUCCUUUAGAAGAACAGGUUCAAAAAGCUACAAGAGAAUAUGAAGAAGCUGUUAAAAAGUGGCGGGAAGUAGAAGAAGAGGCAUCCACUAAAGAACGUGAUAUAACACGUUUUGAUGAACGUCUUGAUGAAUAUAAUUUAAAUUUAUCAAAGAGUGAAAGAGUAACAAAUAAUGAAAAAAUAGACGUACUAAAGAGAGAAAUGACAGAUAUGGAAAAGUUAAUAAAUGAAACCUCUGAACAAAUCAUGAAAAUUGAAGAUAAACUUUCAAUUAUUGAAAAGGACGAAGCUGAGAGACGUGGAAUUGAACGUGAUUUACAAGACCAAAUCAAAUACCGAGAAAUACAGGCAGAAUUAAAUCAGUGUGAAGAAAAGUUAAGUCGCAUGGAUGAGAAACUAGGAGACUAUGAUAUAAAUAAAAUAAAACAAGAUCUUAAUGAAGCUAAAAAUGAUGAAUCAGAGUUACUUGAUAAGCGUGGAAGUAUUCGAGGAGAGAUUGUACAAAUGCGAGAUCAGAUAAAAAGAUAUGAACACGAAUUAUCCACAGAUUAUUCUGAUGUUGAUGGUCGUUAUGGUAGAUUAUUCCUUGAUGUAAGAACAAACGAGAUUGCCAAUAAUGAUCUCGAGAAAUAUACCAAAAUUUUACAAACUGCAAUUAUGAAGUAUCAUUCUUUAAAAAUGCAAAACCUGAACAAAAUAAUAAAAGAUUUAUGGAUAGAUACAUACAAAGGAGGAGAUAUUGAUUAUAUUGAAAUUCGUGCUGACAAUGAAGGAACGACUGCAAAUAGAACGUUUAAUUAUAGAGUUGUAAUGAUUAAAAAUGGAUCUGAAUUAAAUAUGAGAGGUAGAUGUAGUGCUGGUCAAAAAGUUCUAGCAUCUAUUAUUAUUCGACUUGCUUUAGCCGAAACGUUUUGUGUAAAUUGUGGUAUCUUUACUCUAGAUGAGCCUACGACCAAUUUAGAUCGUGAUAAUAUUGAAAGUUUAGCAGAGAAUCUUGCAAGAAUCAUUAAAAAGCGAAGACAGCAAUCAAACCUUCAAUUUGUAAUCAUUACUCAUGAUGAAGAAUUUGUAGAAUAUUUAUCUCGAGAAAAUAUUCUUGAAAAAUAUUAUCGUGUUCAAAAGGAUCAGCAACAGCAUAGUAUCAUUACCAUACAAGGUGGAACUGAGUCCACUAUUUAGAAUAAUAGGUUAUGUUUACAUAAUAUAAAAACUUUGUGUUCACAGAACAGGAAAGAGGGGAAACUGAUUAUGUAAUAAAUCUGAUGUUUUUACCUUAUUUUUUUUUUAAAAAAAAAAAAAAAAAAAA